UAUGCUUCAUCGCGACUGACUUGGAACCAUCCAUCAAUUUGAGUGAGGAGACAGUUGAACCUUCAUAAUGGCCACCACCAACAUCUCUAGCGACCUCGUCUGGCAAAUCUCCCGCAACCAGAAUGCUUUUCUGGCCAAGCGCAACACCGGCGGUGGCUCUCAGUUCUCCCGUGAUCCCCUGAACCUGCAGAACAAGCACUCUUUCAAGUAUGCUGGUUAUGCCAACAACAAGGCCAUUGGUGUGCAGCCGACUGAGAACGGCGGCGUUGCCGUGAUCACCAAGAAGCCCAGCAGCUCCCAGCAGCCCGCUAAGAACCUGGUCACCGUUAACUACGGCCCCAACACCUCCGCCCGCAAGAUCUACAAGGGUGUCGCCAGCAAGACCGCUCAGAACGGCUACCGCGCUGAUAUCCGCGAAGACGCCGUUGCCCGCGUCAGCGCCAUCCGUCGUUCCCAGAAGGCCAAGAAGGAGGCCGCUGCCAAGAAGCCCCGCGGCGCUCAGGCCCGGAAGGCCGCCCUGGAGAAGUCGGAGUAAAGGGUAGUUCUUCGCGAAACUUUGUUGCAACCACAAAAUGUCGAUUUAUGAUGACUCCAUGGCAAUCCAGGGCAUAGACAGCAUGUCCAUGUAAUUUAGCGGGUGAUGCCAUGGAGGCAGUCCAUCCAAAAACAAUUCGGGAUGGGGAAAUGACAACGAAGACGACAAGAAGCAUGACCUAUGUGAAAAUGGGGAAAUAAUAAAAAGAACCAUGAUCCACCGCUA